CUCUUCCCUCCCCUCCCCUCCCGUCGAUUAGGGUUUCAUCUACCGUCCGUCGGUACAUCUCCUCAAUCUCUAUGCCCAUCAUCAAAGCAGGAGAUUCAAAACCGUCCUUCCGUCUCCAAAACCGUAGCAGGAGAACGAGUGGUUUGACUGAUACCGGACGAGAAGUUGUACCCGGUGGUCAAGACCAAGCCCGGCAGGAAGGAUCUCAGAUCGCGGCGGACCAUCUCAACAACGUGCGCGUGGAGCCGAUCGGGGGCCGCCGGCAGUUCCACGGCGCCAAGGAGGCUUAUCUGUCCGGCCACUUCGACGCGCACACCAUUGAGUGCGAGUGCGUCGUCCACUCCUUCAAGAACUACACCAAGCUGGAGAAUGUCGGCGCCGAGGACUACUUCUUCUGUCGCUUCGAUUACAAGGCGGCCAAUUGGGCCUUCACCCCUGACCGUGGUACUGCGAACAUGAGAUGCCUUAUAACCCCGGCGAUCUCAUGGUCCUGUACGAGGGAUGAGAGGACCGGGAAGCAACUUUCAGCUACCCUCUUCUUUAUUGCUUCCUGCUGGGGUCAUCUUCGUCUCCGAUCGGUAUGCCUCUGCUUCUUCCCCUGCCUUUUCCUCCUCCUUCCCUACGCUCUCCCUUUCUUUAUGGUUGGGGCGGUAUUGAUGAGUGUUGCUAGCAAAUCAGUAUCAUCGAUAUUAAUUUUUUUAAUAAAAAUAUAAUAAUCAUUUUUAAUUGAAUAUUCACUUAUUUGAAAAAGAAAAAAAAAUCCAUUUAAUUAGCCUUUUUUUCCAUUUAGAAUUAUAUAUAUAUAUAUAUAUAUAUAUAUAUUGAUUUGAUGGAUAUAAAUUAAACCGUCAACGAUAAAUGACUAAGAGAGGCUUUUCCAUUUUAAAUUGCUUCCGUGUUUACCUCUCGACCUCCGAAAGCCAAACAACAUCAAACAAACCUCGUCUUAAUUCCUCCUCCUCUUCCUUCCUUCCUUCCACCUAUGUUAAUGGGUGAGUAAUUUACCUGUGGUGAGAGAUGCCGAUGUCGACUAGAAUUGCUUCCGUCCUCCUCCUCCUCCUCCUCCUUUCUUCCAUGUUCGCAGGAGUUCUCCCGCACAAGAGCAAAGACAUCAUCGAUGGCCCCUUGAUCACUUCCAAGAUCAAAACCAAUAGGACCAUCCUUGUGGGUCCUUCCGAGGAAUUCAAGACGGUGCAGGCCGCCGUUGAUGCGGUCCCCAUGGGUAACUCAGAUUGGAUCAUCGUCCAUUGCAGGUCUGGCAUCUACAGAGAGAAAGUGGUGAUCCCGAAGGAGAAGCAGUAUAUAUUCCUCAGAGGAAAUGGAAAAGGAAGGACCGCGAUCGUGUGGGAUGAUAGCUCAACCAAUAACACUCUCUCUGCGACCUUCACUGUUUGGGCUGAUAACUUCGUUGCCUUUGGCAUCAGCUUCAAGAAUGAUGCCCUCAUCGCCGUUGCCGACGCUCCACAUAACCAGUCAGUCGCAACCAUGGUGGCCGGAGAUAAGGUAGCAUUCUACCAUUGCGCCUUCUACAGCCCACACAAUACCCUGUUCGACUACAAGGGUCGACACUACUACGAGAGUAGCUACAUCCAAGGCAACAUCGAUUUCAUCUUCGGCCGUGGGCAGUCUAUAUUCCAGAGUUGUGAGAUCUUUGUGCUGCAUGACAAGAGAAUCAAGAUACUUGGCUCCAUCACUGCUCAGAACAGGCCGUCUUCAGAUGACAGCAGUGGCUUUGUCUUCCUCAAAGGCAAGGUGUACGGGGUGGGAGACGCGUAUCUUGGUCGAGCAAAGGGGCCUCACUCUCGUGUCAUCUUUGCCAAAAGUUAUCUCUCCAGGACCGUCACAGCUGCAGGGUGGACUAAUUGGAGUUAUGAUGGCAGCACAGACAAUUUACUGUACGGAGAGUACGACUGUCGUGGUCCGGGGAGCAACACAACUCUUCGAGUUCCUUGGUCGAAGCAACUCAACGAAGAAGAGGCUUCACCUUUCAUCACCAUAGACUUCAUCGAUGGCAAGGAAUGGUUACCAGUAUACUACUAGAAAUGCUGCUCCUCUGCACUACUGUAAUAAAGCUUUAAGCGUUGCGAUUACUAUGGUUUGGUUGUACUAAGACCCAGCAAGUACACUGUUCCUCCUCCAUGAAUUCUCCGAGGAGGAGGAUCUAUUAAACCUGGACAUUAGUCAUUCAGUCUC